AUGCCCGCUCUAUUCCGGAUCGUGAAUGAUGAUCAUCCGCCACUUCCGCAGGGUGCUUCCCCAGCCGUCAAAGAUUUCUUGAUGCAAUGUUUCCAGAAAGAUCCCAAUCUUCGAGCAUGUGCUCGAAAGUUACUCAAGCAUCCAUGGAUUGUCAACGCACGCCGAAAGUGGAAUGAAGCAUUACGCUCUCCUGGGGCUGGCACUACGAGGAAAUCAACCAAAUUUGAUCCGAACGCUGGGUCGUUGCCUGCUGCACGCGGCGGUUCCUUAGUAGAUACCCUCCCAUCGCCAACAUCUAUCAAAAUCGCUGAUCGCUUUCGGUCACCGUCGUCUAAUGAAGAUGACAAUUGGGACAACGAUUUCGUGACCGCUAUCUCUCCAAGCGCGUUGCAGCUGCCCCAUUUGAGACCGCAGGACGACCUCGGAGGCAAGCUCUCACCCGAGAAGUUGAAAGCGUUCGCAUCCUCGAUGGAACUGUCAUUAAGGGUGAUGACAGUUUCGACGGCUUCGAAGACAGUGGGCGUGGUUCAUUUCCAGGUGACAAUGAUCCUUUGCAAACCAUCCGCCCAUACUCUGCCAAAGUCCCAUUAG